AUGACAUUCAGCUACCAAAAAGACAGGAGACAGAGUCUCUUUCCCAACUGUAAACUAGAAACUUCCGAAUCAACGGAUGAUUUUAUCCCAUUUGCCAAAGAGCAAUUGCUCAAACAGUGGAGCUCUUUCACUGAACUACAAAAGGACAUUUACGACAUCUUCACCGAUGUCGACGGUGAGGAGGUUGUGAAACAUUCAGAUCCUUCAUCAUGGUUUCCAUCACGCAGUCCCAGCAGGAACUGUUCACUCAACCUCAACGUUGGAGGAAAGUCCUAUCGCAUCACCUACAAAAUGGCAGCAAGGUAUCCACAGAGCAGAAUCGGCCGUUUGGCCACGUCCACCGACCUCAACGUGAAGCUGGACCUCGGUAAUGACUACGUCGUGAAGGACAACAAAAAUUUUUGUGAUCGAGAUCCAGAUGUGUUCAACAGCAUCUUCAACUUCUACAGGACUGGGGUGCUGUGGAUCGAAGACGAGCUUUGUCCCAGAAACUUUCUGGAGGAGAUCAAUUGUUGGGGCAUACGGAUAAAGUAAUGCCAGAUCUUGCUGGAGGAGAAACACGACGAGUUAGGGGAACAGCUCAAAAUUCAAAAAGAACUCGUAGCAGAAGUGGAAUCCGAAGAAAAUGAGGAGGUGUUUGAGGGAAUGUAUUGUGGAAACAAGCGAAAGGCGCUUUGGAACCUAAUGGAGAACCCUUUCUCCUCUGUACCAGCUAAACUCAUGUCAGUGGGCUCUAGUGUGUUUGUAAUGGUAUCGCUGGUCACCAUGACUUUGAAUACAGUAGAUGAAAUGGAGAACAUGGCAUCUGUUAACCAGUUUAGUGGAAAGUCAUAUGCAGAGUUGUUAGAAACUUUCUGCAUAACUUUCUUCACCGUUGAUUAUCUUCUACGUCUAGUGUCAACCCCUGACAUCAGGCGUUUCACAAAGAGCGUGCUGAACGCGGUCGACCUGAUAGCCAUCCUACCGCAGAUACUGCAGUUUGUGAUCGAGAGUUUUGAGAUCAGCAGUUCUGGUAAACAAAACCCUGAUAUAGAGACUGUAGGACAGGUUAGCAAAGUGGGACAAGUGCUACGAAUCAUGCGACUCAUGCGUAUUUUCCUUAUUCUGAAACUGGCCCGUCACUCCAUUGGCAUGAGAGCAUUUGGGUUCACGUUGAGGAAGUGCUAUCAACAGGUGGGAUGUCUUUUUCUCUUCAUCGCCAUGGGAAUCUUCACAUUUUCUGUCAUGGUUUACAGUGUUGAGCAUGAUGCUCCUCGGACCAAGUUCACUAAUUCUUGGUGGUGGGCAUCUGUUAGCAUCUCUACUGUAGGCUAUGGUGACAUGUUUCCCAAGACCCUUCUGGGACGAAUAUUUGCCUUUGGAUGCAUUUCCUUCGGGAUUAUUUUAAACGGACUUCCGAUUUCUAUUCUCUUUAACAAGUUUUCAGAUUAUUACGCCAAAUUGAAAUCUCACGAAUACACAUCCAACAUCAAGAAUAGAGGGAAGGUUAACUUUUUACAGAGAGCCAAGAAGAAACUCCAAGACUGUGGCUGGAUUGAAACCGUUUCAUAG